AACGUGUUUCGGUUCAGUGCCGCAUGCGUUUUGGACAAAAUUCAAGUUUAGUUACAAAUCUUUGUAGAAUUCAAUACUGUAAGUUAUUUAAAAAUGAGCUCACCAGACGGUUCAGCCGACGAAGAUACAAAAACAACGAUUGAUGUAAAGCAUGGCUUCCAAAACGAUGGUGACGAGGGGAAAGGAUUCAGCAAAAAUGCAGUCCGCAAACGUAGCCGUGAUUUUAUACAUCACCAAUGUCGCAUUAUCAUUCGUAACGUUCCGUACAAAAUUACCGACAAAAUACUGCGGUCGGAGUUUGAACGGUUUGGCACUCUGGAGGAUGUGAAUAUUUUGAAGCGUCCCGACGGGCGUCUCGUUGGAUGUGCGUUUCUGCAAUACUCAAAACGAGAGGAAUCGAACCAAGCAGUCCAGGAAAUGGAUGGAAACAUCUUCAUGGGAAGGAAGCUGCAGGUUUGUUACGCACAACACAAGGGUACAUAUCAGAAAAUGAAGGCAGAGCCCACAUUGAAAAGUGAGGAAGUCAAGCAGGAAUACAAAGAUGACGACGUCCAGGAAACGGAAAUCAAGGAAGAAAGCGACGAAGAAAAUAGCGGAGAUGAAGAUAAAACCGAUGAGGAUGAUGACGAUGAGGAGGAAGACGAACCUGAGGAUGUAAAAGACGUUAAGCCUAUAGACCUUCCUAGACAGAAAAACCACACCGAAAUUGAAGAAGGUAGAACUAUUUUUGUUAAGAAUGUCCCCUACGAUGCUGACGAAUCUGAUCUAAAAGAUGUCAUGGAUCAGUUCGGCAUUGUUGAAAAGGUCCUAAUCAACAAGGAACGUAUCUCAGGACAUUCGAGAGGAACCGCUUUUGUUAUCUUCAAGCGAAAGGAAUCAGCUGAAAUGUGCAAAAAGCAGAGCCUGAAGAUUCAGGUGAAUAAUCAAUUCAUCGAGAUUUUGGAAGCUUUGAAGAAAAAACAGAUUCGCGAAAAGGAGAACCUAAAGACAGAUAAUCCGGGGAAAGAUUCGAGAAAUCUGUACUUGUUCAAAGAAGGUCUGAUAAUGGCGGGUUCCCCUGCAGCUAAGGAAGUUUCCAAACCAGAUAUGGCCCAACGGCUUCGGCUGGAGCAGCGCUGUGCACAGAUGCUUAAGAAUCUGAACCGAUUUGUAUCACGGGAGCGCCUUACAGUUCACAAUUUGCCAGAAAGCUACACCAACAAUGAACUCCGUAAGAUGGUUCAGCAGCACACAGGCCAUAAUCCGCAUGAAUGCCGUGUCAUGCGUGAAAAUUGUCCGUCGUUUGGGAAUCCAUCAGGACAGUCAAGAGGAUACGGUUUCCUGUCCUUCAAAAAGCAUGAAAUUGCCUUGGAAGUCCUCAGGAAACUGAACAAUAACCCAACAGUUUUCGGGAAAAAUCGAAGACCCAUCGUCGGCUUUAGCAUUGAAGACCGAAAGGUACACAACAUCAAAGAGCAACGGCUACUGAAAUCCCGUCUCAAUAAUCCAACAUACCAAGAAAAACUCGAGAAAAUUCGUGCAAAGAAAAAGGAAAAAUACCUUCACAAAAAGGAGCAACAAAUGGCGGCUAAGGAGCAGCUGGCGAUUGUACCAAACACUCAAUUUUCUGCUAAACAUACUAAGAAAACAGACGCCAAGCCUGCGAAAAAGGAACGUAGGCGUAAUCUGAUUGUGAACACUGAGGAAUUCAGCGGAGAGGUUUCCCGCCAGGGCAAGGUUGGUAUUCGAUCGAACAGGAAGAUCAACACGCAGGCAGAAGCACACAUGACACGACUGAAGGCCGAAAAGAAGGAAGCACGAAAGAAGCGGGUCAAACAGGAGCACGAACGAAAUCGAAACCUGAAGGCUGCGAGACGUGUAAAGCCGAAGGAAACCAAUUUCGCUGAACUGAACAAGGAGGACCAAUAUUUCCGGCAAACGGUGGGCAAGUACAAGGAAAUCAUCAGUCAAGCGACGAAUAAGAGUGGGCGUAAUAAGUGGUAUAAUGAAUAAGGUGUUACUAAUAAAGUGAAAAGCUGUAUUUUGAAGUGU